UUCAGAGAUCAGAGCUUCUCCUCCCCAUCCCCUUUCCAUCUCUCGCGGGCUCAGUUGCCAGUCAUGGAGUCUCUCCUGGCAAAGAAACUCAAAGCAUUCCAGAAGGAGUUCCGUACUGCCCAUGGACGGGAGCCGCGCAGGAGCGAUAUUGCCAAGGUGCCCGAGAUGGCUGCCGUGUACGAUACCUGGACGGCUAUGAGCGGUGGAGCAGCUACCAAGAGUAGCGCUGACAAGGGCAAGAGUAGAGAGAAGAGCAGUAGCAGUGGUAGCAGCAGCCGUCCGGAAACAGCUGCGAGGAGAGAGAAGGCAAACAGCAACAGCAGCAGUAGCACCAAGCAAUCGAUGGGCCCUCCUCCUACUACACCAACCAAGCCCAGACGGUCGUCAGAGCAGCGUACAGCAGCAGCAAGCUCAUCGACAUCUUCAACACUGCCCGUUCUGCCUCCUCAUAGCCCUCCGAGAGCUUCCUCAUCGUCUGCUUCCCGCCUGCCGAGCACUCCCACGACUUCCUCCCGAACGGCGAACCCCUUCAAGACGCCGACCAAGCCAGCUUCGCAAGCACCUUCAACACCAGGCAGCGGCGUCAAGCUCCGCACACCUCCAGCUGCCGCCGGCUCUCCGAGCUCACAUUCAGCGCUAAACAAUGUCGAUUCUCGCUUCCACUACAAUCUCUCGCCUGUCUCCUUUCGGAAACUCGUUGCAGACUUGAGCCCGCGCAAGGGAGUCAGUAAUGCUGUCCCUCUACGAUCAGCUCAUGAGCAGGUCUACACUCCGCGGACAAAGGCAAGGAAGAGGCUGAGAGGCGAAGAGGUCCCUCCGACCCCGCGAGGGCCGUCGAGCGCAGGAGUCGCAAUGAGCCCUUCGAAAGGUCGUUCCUCUUCGCAAGGGCAAGAAGGUCUACUACGGCCCGGUUCUGCCCUUGGGGACGGUCGGCCUGCAAAGAGACGUGCUAGCAGCCGCUCGGAGCGCGAGUUAGGACCGUUGUGGGGUCGGAGCGAGUCGGAUAGUGCUGCACAGAAAUCUAGCAGUGGGACAGCGGUUAGCGCCGGGAAUCUCUUCUCCCGAACGGCCUCAGCGGGCUCACAGCCACUGCUGCAGAGGGCGGACCAGUCGCAGACAGACGCUCCAUCGUUGCGCUUAUCGCCUCCGCAUGACGACACUGAGGUGGGCUUUGCUCCUUCUCCGCCGAGGCAGGAGGACCAUCGCAGUGCGGCGAAUGCUAAUGCGUUGACAGCGGGAGAGUCUCGCAAAGGGAGGAAGUUCCGCAGUCUGUUCGAUGGGGGCGAGGAUCAGAAUGGAGCAUACGGCGACGAUGACGAUGCGAUGGAUCUGAGCAAUGGGGAAGAUGUCGCUCUACGUGCGGAAGGGGACACCGGGAAUUUGGAUGUGAAGGUGGCCCCGGCGGCUAUCACCAAGAACGGCAAGGGCCGCCAAGCCUCACGAGAGACCAAGCAGCCUCCUCGACCAGCUCCAGCAGCGCCACUGCUCCUCGACUCCUCUUCUGAAGAGUCCGAGACAGAAGGCAAGGGUGGCAGGAAAGGAAGCGCUCAGGCGAGGAAAGAGCCCUCUAAAAGUCACUCACCCUCGAAGGCUGUAUUUCUACGCGCCUACCAACGCUUCGGCCAAAUGAGCCUUGAUCGGGGUCGCUCUGCGAACGGAGACGAUGACGACGACUCUGACGCUUCCUCGGCAGACGAUGGACCGCUCUCGUUUGGCCUACUGUCACCCCGGAAGAAGCGUCCGACGGCAAUCACGAGCGUGCGAAGCGGGCCUCCUCCUGCUUCUCAGCUCUCAGACGAUGACAAGGACGAAGAUGAGGAAAGCCAUACCCGGAAAGCCGAGGCGAAUCGGCUUCUACAGACCCUCUCUUCAACACAAGGAAGCGCCAACCCUUCUCGGAAGCACCGCUCCGACCUCCUCUCCUCCCGUCGACAAGCCCUCGCCCGCCUUCUCGACGAAGGCGAUGCCUCUCGUCCUUCUGGAUCCUCUGGCACACCAGCAGGCAACGACAGUAUGGUGCAAGAAAUCGAGCGCGAGAUGGAAGAGCAGCGUCUACGCGAUCUAGCUGCUUACAAGCCUGCCGCGCCCGCUGGUAAAGGGGACGACCGGAAGACGUGGGGUGGGGCAAAGGCGGCCAAUCGUCAGCAGGCUGGCAUGCCCGUGCGAGGAAAGGGCAAAAGAGGAGGAUUGCCCAAUGGCAGUAGCGGAGAUUUCCUGCUGGGCAAAGCAAGGAGGGGAAUGGGCGAUUCAUUGGGGACUGUCGUGCUUUCUGAUGAAGAAGACGCUGCUGCUGCAGGUUCCAGAGGAUCGGAGGGAAAGGCAGCAGGCAAAGGUGGAGCUGGAGCAGGAGCAAGCGCAGGUCUCAAGGAAGGUCAAAUCCAGCGCCCCUCGCUCAUCUUCAAGCGCAUGGGCCGAAGCGGAGUCGACGACGACGAAGCCGACUCGAAGCAUCUCUUCCGUCCAGCUGGUAGGAAGAGCAGUGCGCUCGACGAUCUGGAAGAAGAGUGGAGUGCAGGAGAGGAAGGGGACGUGACCCGAGAAUCGGAAGAUGAGGACUGGGCGAGCGAGGUAGAUGAGGAUCAGUGGGGCUGGGGAGGCGAGCUGGAGGACACGGAUGUGGUAUGAUGUCGAUUGGGUUCACUGCAUCUGUGUGCGUGCGUAUGCGUGGGGAAAAGAGACUAUGUAACAUCAAGAAAGAAAGAAGCAUUUUUGAGGCUCUC